AUGGCCUCCAAGUUUGGUGUCAUUCCGAACAAUACCCCAACAAACCCAGAGCCUUUCACUUUGCACGUCGCAGAAGAAGAGCUCGUUGCCCUCGGGGAUUUGCUGCGAUUGUCCAAGAUCGGACCUACCACCUGGUGGAAUCAACAGAACGAUCCUCAGUACGGAGUCUCUCGCCAGUGGCUGAUUGAAGCAAAAGAUACUUGGCUUAAUAGUUUUGACUGGCGCAAACAUGAGAAGUAUAUCAACAGCUUCCCAAACUACAAACUUCCCAUCUCCGACCCUGAAGCAGGUCGUGUCGACGUCCACUUCGCCGCCCUGUUCUCGGCAAAAAAAGAUGCGAUACCUCUUCUGUUCUUGGUGAGUACUUGGCAUGGCUUCCCCUCGUCUUUCGUGGAAUUCCUACCGAUUCUGGAGUUACUCGUCGACAAGUACACGCCUGAAACCUUGCCAUACCACAUCAUAGUACCCUCUUUACCGGACUAUGGGCUCUCCCGCAGCGCCACUCAGCAAGCCGAGAUGACAUUAACCCAUGCGGCCCGAAUCAUGAACCAGUUAAUGCUGGACCUCGGAUUUGGUCAAGGAUACGUAGUGCAAGGCGGCGACCUUGGAAGUAUGCUUUCGCGUAUUAUGUCUGUCGAAUAUGAUGCAUGCAAAGCUUUCCAUGUCAACAUGCUCGUGGCAGACCCUGCUCUGACAGCCCCGUCUUCAGACUUGCUGUCGCCAGAAGAAUCCCAGAUCGUCCAGCGCACCGAGGAUUGGCGCCAGACAGGCCUAGCAUAUGCACUCGAGCACGGCACUCGCCCAGCCACGGUUGGCCUAGCUAUUUCAGCUAGCCCGCUCGCCAUGCUUGCUUGGAUCGGCGAGAAGCUGCUGGAAUGGACCGACCCGCGGCAUCAGUUCCCCUUGGACACCAUUCUGGGCGUGGUCAGUUUCUAUUGGUUUACCGAGACCUUCCCGCGUAGUCUCUAUCAUGCCACUCUGGUAAAGAAUCUUUUUGCAGGGAAGCCUCAUCCAACGUCGAUGGAGAAGCCCCUGGGGUACUCUCUCUUCGCCUACGACCUUUGUGUGCUGCCUAAACCCUGGGCUGAGGAGAUCUACCCCAACCUGACGCUUUUCAAAGCUCACAAUGAGACGGUAACCGAUGAUCUGGUCGAAGCCAAAGCUGAAACCGCUGAGUCGAAUGGCACUUGGGACCAUGUCAAUAUGGUACCGACUACACUUAGGAGAUAG